GUGAGAUUACUUGGACAUGACUGAUAGUCACUGAUGUGUAUCCAUGUGUUAACUAGGAGUACGUUACGUUUAUGUUCACUGUGGUAAUACUCAUCCAACAACGUAUCUUAGUAGUCAUUUAAUUCAUUGGGAAGUUGAUUGACCUGGAAUUGGAAGUAAACACACACACAUAUUAUAUAUAUAUAUAAUUUCAGUUAUUUUGCGUUUUUUUUUUGUGUGUGUGUGUUUUUUUUUACUGACAUGCUAACCAUUCAGUAAAUUCAAAGAUUUCUUCAAUACUGUUGCACCACAAGGUAUGGUUUCUAAUUAAAUGCCAUUCUAAAAACUUAAUAUUUUAAGUCAGCUGUUUCUAUGUCCUGGCAAAUAUCAGAUACUACAAGUGAAGACAGUAUAUCAGAUACUACAAGUGUAGACAAUCUAUAAUAUAUCAUUGAGUUUAUAUUUUCUCUAACUACAAUGAAUACUACUACCAGUAGCGCUGCUAACUAUAAACAUAAGGGUUAAAUAAUUGUCACCUGUAAUAGAAGAGGCGCAAACUUAAAUAAGUUUACACUGCAAGGUUCACCAUGGAGUUUCUGAAAGCCCUCAAGGAUGCAAUCAGCCUUGGCAUCACCAAAGAGGAAUUUAUCCCCAUUUGGGAGGCAGAGUUGCAACAGAAGACUGUCGUCAAAGACAGUUUCAUCAAACCACAGGUGAGCAACAGUAUGUGGGGGGGGGGGCAGUUUACACUUAAUUCAUGUCGAACUCUAUAAAAUAGGAUAGAAAAAGAAUUUUAGAUUCAAUCGGUAAUAGGUAGAUUUUUAGAAGAAAAAAAAAAUUGUUUGCGGAUUUUUUUCAUUGCAACUCCGAUUAACUUUGGAAACCUAUGUAGGGCAAGCAUUUGGGUGGUCGUGUGCUCUGAAGAUACCAAAUAUUAACAUAAUAAGGUCCCGAAAGAUAAAACUUGUGUAUAAAAUACAAAUAGAAAAUAAUAGUAUAAGGGAAUUUAAAAUAUUUAUAUUAAUUAUAAAAGGUAAAGAAAAACAUACAAAUAAAUAUCCCUUUAGCAGCACACUCUUGGAUAAAACAUAAAAGAUUUAGAAGUGUUAUUUUUUUUCCUCCCAGGCACUCCGUCAAUCUGAACAAAUAGCGGUUAAUCUCCGUCAAAUAGAGUUAACACUUUUUGAAGUGGCCAAAGACCUUCAGGCAUUGAAGUCAGACGCCCUGAAACUGGGACAAGAUCUGGAGUUAUUGAAGACUGACCUCAUCAACAAAGGGAGGGAAUUUUAUCAAGAUUUACCAGUUUUGUUUACUAAGUACACAAAAGAAAUUGAGACAAAACACCAAGAGUUCUACAUUGAAAUCAUGAAAGAGGAUAAACUAAAUGGGGACAAGAUGGAAGCAGGUAUCAGAAGCCUGCAGGUUGCUGUCCAAUCCCAAAUGAAACAUUUACUUUCGAGACGGAAAGUUUCAGAUACAAAUGACAGAAGUGAUGACUUUCUGAAAAUGGGAAAUCUACCCAACGAAAGCCAGCAGGUCUCGAAUGGAAAUCUACCUAAUGAAAGCCAGCAGGUCUCGAAUGGAAAUCUACCUAAUGAAAGCCAGAAGGUCUCAAAUGGAAAUCUACCUAAUGAAAGCCAGAAGGUCUCAAAUGGAAAUCUACCUAAUGAAAGCCAGAAGGUCUCAAAUGGAAAUCUACCUAAUGAAAGCCAGAAGGUCUCAAAUGGAAAUCUACCCAAUGACGGCCAGAAGGCCUCACCAGUAGGUCUACCCGAGAGCCAACAGGACUCAACAGAAAAUAAAGAGUCUCAAGAUCAAAGUUCUUCUAACUGGUACCUCAAUAAUGGUGUACCUGACGAAUACAUGAAAGAAACGAGCAUUGAGUCCAGAUCAUGCCCGAACAUACCUUCCCUUGUCAAGACUGAAUACGCCAGCCUCUCUACAAACUUUGAGUUAAUAUUACAAGACAUUUCUGCUGGCGGCAGCAGGCACUCCAGUUCAUGGAUGUAUCUUCAAGGUUAUCCAAUAAAGGUUAAACUAGUUUGCUAUUUCGGUUUUGAUGGAAAAUUCCAUGCUAGAGUUACGGCCGUUGGAUUAAGAAAUCGCCAUCUGAAAUCUGAGAAGACAAUGAGUGGACUGGGUCGUGUCAAGCAUGCUACGUCAGAGAGGUUCUCUCAACUUUUCCAGUUUACUUUCCCGUCGAUGGUCAAGAUAAAGCCAGGUGUUUUGUCACGUGUUGAAGCAAAAUGCUGCUUAGAGACGUCACGAGCAAGCCACCCUGAGGUCACUCUGGCGACGCUGGAAGAAAAGAACUUUAUCAGCAACAAUACAGCAGUCAUAGCGUGGAAUCUUAAUUUGAAAGAGUCCAAAACCUAAGAUUGUUGUACGUCAACAACGUCAAACAAAAUCCCAUCGAAUGACCCAGGCAGUGAACACAUUACAGUCAUAGCAUAACCGACGCUAUUAUCAGUACCGGUUAUAACAUCGAAACGAUUCCAUUCCUGACCCAUGAAACAAAACAUUUCAAAUUCUGAACAGCGUACUAGUUCUCUCACUUUUCGAGUCGUCGGUAUUAGCAAAUAUCCCAAUAAUAAACAUGUCCAUAUUUUGGUUUUGAAGAUAGGUUUCCAAUGUUAUCGGAUUGAUGCGAUUUAAGGGCUUGUGAUUCUUAUAAUAGUUGUAACUGGCAAUAUCAACAAAUACAUGUGAAAACACAAGUAUAUGCCAUAGAUCUAUUAAAUUGUUGGCGGUUUUCAUAAACAAUAGACCAGUAAUUCUUUUCAAUUAUGGUGUCUGAAUGUGUUAAAGUCUUAAGAAAUUUGUUUUACCGAUAAAUAUAAUCCCAUGAAAAUAUUUAUUAAAUUAAAGAUUAUAUUAAUAUUAUGUAUUUUUCUUAGAGGAUAUGCUUCAUUCGGUAAAUGAUGACAAACAUUUAAUUACCAUUUGAAUAUAUAGUAAACUCGACUCUUUCUUACAGCAAUGCAAUUUUAGGUUAAUUUUUUCAACAGCUGCUCCAUGUUCAGCACUUAGGUGAUUAAUUUUAUCACAAUUUUCCUUAAUUUAAUUUUUUUUAAAAUAAAAUAAAAAC